AAAUGGCAUGGUUGUCUUUUUUAAUUGAAGCACUGAGUUCAAAAGACGGGACUAUGACGUCAGUCACAAACUGUGGAUAGAGAGAGAGAGAGAGAGAGAGAGAGAGAGAGAGAGAGAGAGAGAGGAAAAGAAGAUGGAAAUUAAUUCCAUACAGGAUUAGCAAAGCUUUCAGAGAGUAUUUGUUAUAGAGAGUGCAAUGAAGGUUCACCAAACUGAUCCCUGGAGUGGUGGGUCAUCAUAUGGAGAAAGAUCAAAUGUAAUAACCCUUUCAUUUAGAGAAUCGAGGACUGAGAGGUGAACACAUUGAAAUGCACAACAUCACUACCGGUUGAAGCAGGGAACCCAGUCUCUGGAAGAGUGGGUGGACUGUCCGGGACUGAGAUGAGGGGAAAUGUCUCCACUCCGCGGGUUGUGAAUGUCUGUAAAUACCCACCACAGAGGGCGGUGAAGACUUGGUGACUGUCCUCACAUAAAACAGAGGCCAGCAGAUGUGUGGAGACCGAAGGGAUCGAGGAAAUGAGGAUCGGGGAGGAACUUGUGGCUGAGAUGGGAGAGCAGCCCUUAUCUUGUUGAUGGUUAGAAUGUCCCACCUGUUUCUCACUUGAUGUUUCAGUGUUCCUGUCCAGUGAAGCCAUUGGAAUGUGAAUAGAAAUUAGUGUUUGUAAACAUACUGAUUUAAAUGAAACCAGCGCAUUUCCUGUGUGGGUCUGAUUUGUGUGUUUGACCGGGAUGGAAAUCGAAACUCUAACUCCGAGAACUCUGUGACCUGGCAGUGGAGGGAAAGGGAUCGGGGAAGAUAUGGAGGGAAAAGCUAAAUACGUUUCCGGUGUACAUAUGAAAAUAGGAUAGGGAAAUAAUGAAAUGAUGUGGGAAAUGUGGCGGUGGAUUGGGCAGCGUGCGAGGAGAGGAGCAGAGUCUCCGGGUCACGUGGGAGACCCAAAGUCACGUGACCACGAUCCUGCGGGUUUGUUUCUGAGGCCCCGCCCACUGCCUGAUGACGCUCAUACAGAUCGCGCAUGCUCAGGCCAGGAUGGGCCCCAGUGUUUUUUCGUCCUUUGUGGAAGCGGGUCGGCUGAGGGAUCGGGAGGGGUCCUUCCCCCCGGGGGCGGGGAGCCGGGAACGGAUUAUUCUCUGCGGGGCAACACCAACAAUUUCUCUUAGGUAAGUAUUGAAGCCGGUCCCGAGCGGAGAGGUCUGACGGUGGGUCGUGAGUUAACUUUCCCGAACUCAAACAAGAGAAAAUCUGCAGAUUCUGGAAAUGCGAGCAACGCGCACAAAAUGCUGGAGGAACUCAGCCGGCCGGGCAGCAGCUAGAAAAAGAGUACAGUCGACGUUACCGGCCGAAACCCUUCGGCAGGACUGGAAAGUAAAAGUUAGACCUGUUAAAGUUAUUGGAAGAAAAGCCCCAACUAGAAGCAAACCACGACUGAAGACGAGGGAACAGCAACAAGUGAACCAGCCCGAAGACUGAGAGCAUCAACUGCUGAGAACCCAUCUGACUCAGAAAUUCCAGUGAUUCCGUCAGGAGAAAGUUUGGUUAAAAACGACAAGGGAUUUCUCUUCAGGAAUCACGGACACAACACACCAGUUUUUCUGUCUGUCCAGAUAUUUAAGAAUUGGAGCAAGGGAUUCAUUCAAUCAUUCUUCCUACUCAGACUGUGGGGAGGGAUUCACUUGAUCAUCUGAUCGACCAGCACACCCAUCAUUUUACUCAUGGGGGAGACCAUUCACCUGCCCAGACUGUUGGAAUGGAUUCACUCCAUCAUCUCAACUGAAGGUACAUCAGCAAGUUCACACUCGGCAAGGCCAUUCACCUGUUCUCGGAGUGAGAAGGGAUUCAGUCAGUCUUCCUAACUGUAGACGCACCAGUCAGUUCACACUGGGCAGAAGCUGGUCGUCUGCUGAAUAUGUGGGGUAUGAAUCACUCGGUCAUCUGACCUAAUGGCACACCAGCGAGUUCACACCAGUGAGCGGCCGUUCACCUGCUCAGACUGUGGGAAGGGAUUCAUUUGCUCAUCUAAACUGAAGCUACAUCAGCGAGUUCACACCGGAGAGAGGCCAUUCACCUGCUCAGUCUGUGAGAAGAGAUUCACUAAGUCAUCCCACCUACAGAGACACCAGCAAGUUCACACUAGGGAGAGGCUGUUCACCUGCCCUGUCUGUGAGAAGAGAUUCACCAAAUCAUCCCACCUACUGAGUCACCAGCGAAUUCACACUGGGGAGAAGCCAUUCACCUGCUCAGACUGCGGGAAGGGAUUCACUUUCUCAUCUAAACUGAAAGUACAUCAGAGAGUUCACACCGGAGAGAGGUCAUUCACCUGCUCAGCAUGUGGAAAGGGAUUCACACGGCUAUUCCACCUACAGAGACACCAGCGAGUUCACACUGGGGAGAAGCCGUUCACCUGCUCAGACUGCGGGAAGAGAUUCAGUCAAUCAUCUGAUCUACGGUUACAUAACCAAGUCCACACUGGGGAGAAGCCAUUCACCUGCUCAGAAUGCGAGAAGCGAUUCACUCGGUCAACCGACCUACUGAUACACAAGCAUAUUCACAUUGGGGAGAGGCCAUUCACCUGCUCAGACUGCGGGAAGGGAUUCACUAAGUCAUCCCACCUUCAGAGACACCAGCGAGUUCACACUGGGGAGAAGCCGUUUACCUGCUCAGACUGUGGGAAGAGAUUCAGUCAAUCAUCUGAUCUACGGUUACAUAACCGAGUUCACACUGGGGAGAAGCCAUUCACCUGCUCAGAAUGCGGGAAGCGAUUCACUCGGUCAUCCGACCUACUGAUACACAAGCGUAUUCACACUGGGGAGAAGCCAUUCACCUGCUCAGACUGCGGGAAGGGAUUCAAUAAGUCAUCCCACCUACAGAGACACCAGCGAAUUCACACUGGGGAAAAGCCGUUCACAUGCUCAGACUGCGGGAAGGGAUUCACUUGGUCCUCAGAACUACUGGUACAUCAGAGAGUUCACACUGGGGAGAAGCCAUUCACCUGUUCAGUCUGUGGAAAGGGAUUCACUCAGUCAUCUAAGCUGAAGGUACAUCAGCGAGUUCACACCGGAGAAAGGCCGUUCAGCUGCUCAGACUGCGGGAAGGGAUUCACUUGCUCAUCACAACUGAAGGUACAUCAGCGAGUUCACACUAGAGAGAGGCCGUUCACAUGCUUGGAAUGCGGAAAGGGAUUCACACAGUUAUUCCACCUACAGAGACACCAGCGAAUUCACACUGGAGAGAGGCCAUUCACCUGCUCAGACUGUGGGAAGGGAUUCACUAAGUCACCCGACCUACAGGCACACCGGCGAAUUCACACUGGAGAGAGGCCUUUCCUGUGCCCAGACUGUGGGAAGAGAUUCACUCAGUCAUCCCACCUACAGAGACACCAGUUAGUUCACACUGAGGAGAAGCCUUUCACCUGCUCAGACUGUGGGAAGGGAUUCACUCAGUCAUCCGACCUACGGAGACACCAGCGAUUUCACACUGGGGAGAGGCCGUUCAUCUGCUCAGACUGUGGGAAGGGAUUCACUCAGUUAUCCGACCUACGGGUACAUAAGCGAGUUCACACUGGGGAGAGGCCGUUCUCCUGCUCAGUCUGUGAGAAGAGAUUCACUAAGUCACCCAACCUACUAGCACACCAGCGAAUUCAUACUGGAGAGAGGCCUUUCCUGUGCUCAGACUGUGGGAAGAGAUUCACUCAGUCAUCCCACCUAAAGAUACACCAACAAAUUCACACUGAGGAGAAGCCGUUCACCUGCUCAUACUGUGGGAAGGGAUUCACUCAGUCAUCCCAGCUGCUGGUACAUAAAUCAGUUCACACUGGGGAGAGAAGCCAUUCACCUGCUCGGACUGUGGGAAGGGAUUCACUUGCUCAUUUAACCUGAAGGUACAUCAGAGAGUUCACACUGGGGAGAAGCCGUUCAUCUGCUCAGUUUGUGGGAAGGGAUUCACUUGGUCAUCUCAGCUGAAGGUACAUCAGCGUGUUCACACUGGGCAGAGGCCAUUUGCCUGCUCAGACAUUGGGAAGAUUUUCUCUCAGCCAUCUCAAUCAAAUGUGCAUCCUUGAGUUCACACUGGGGAGAGACUGUUCACCUGCUGUGAAUGUGGGAAGGGAUUCACUCAGUUAUCUAACCUAGAGACACACUACCGGGUUCACACUGGGGCGAAAGUUUCAAUAAGCUGCAUGCUGGAUAUUUGUCUAUCACCAUUGCUGGAUGCAAUUUCAAUAGUGACUGUUGGUGCUGAACUCUGCAAUUAUUGCUGCUUCUCACCACAACCAGCUCUGCACCCUGGUCACUGGGCAUGGGAGGAGUUUUUUUCUGCUGUAUAUUCACCUUUUGUGGGAUUGGAGUUCAAUAUUCUGGAUCGAAGACAGAUAAAUCAGUUCUAUUUUGAA